GUUUUGGGGGAGGCUUACCAGGUAUUGAGUGAUCCAGCCCAAAGGCAAGCAUAUGAUGCUUAUGGGAAGUCAGGAAUUUCAACUGAAGCAAUUAUUGAUCCUGCUGCAAUCUUUGCUAUGCUUUUUGGAAGUGAGCUAUUUGAGGAAUAUAUAGGACAGCUUGCCAUGGCAUCAAUGGCUUCUUUAGACAUUUUUUCUGAGGGGGAACAAUUUGAUGCUAAAAAGUUGCAGGAGAAAAUGAGGGUUGUUCAGAAGGAAAGGGAAGAAAAGCUUGCAACCAUACUAAGAGAUCGCCUCUACAAAUAUGUACAAGGUAACAAAGAUGAGUUUAUUAAUAAUGCUGAAGCUGAAGUUUCAAGGCUCUCUAAUGCAGCCUAUGGUGUUGACAUGUUGAAUACAAUUGGUUAUAUAUAUGCAAGACAAGCUGCGAAAGAGCUUGGAAAGAAAGCAAUUUAUUUGGGGUUGCCAUUCAUUGCCGAAUGGUUUAGAAACAAAGGCCACUAUAUCAAAUCUCAAGUAACGGCAGCAACAGGAGCCAUUGCUUUGAUGCAGCUACAAGAGGACAUGAAAAAGCAGCUUACUGCUGAAGGAAAUUAUACUGACGAAGAGCUUGAAGAAUACAUACGAUCCCACAAGAAAUUGAUGACAGAUUCUCUGUGGAAGCUUAAUGUAGCCGAUAUUGAAGCCACACUUUCUCGUGUUUGUCAGAUGGUUCUUCAAGAUAACAAUGCCAAGAAAGAAGAUCUUCGUGCACGAGCCAAGGGACUGAAAACUCUUGGUAAAAUUUUUCAGAGGGCCAAGUCAACCAAUGGAAGUGAGAAUGAAACUGUAUUAAGCAGGGGGGUACAGAAACCAAAUGAAAGUGAAUCUGGCUAUGAUACUUGUUCUAAUGAAGAAUCAUCUCAGUCCACAUCUGUAUCACAGAGUCCGUAUGUGGAAGCUCCAAAGUUCUUAGAUGGUCAGGUUAGCUAUAACUUUCCAACACCAAUAGCUCCAGCUGGUGCACAAAGACAUCCUUCAGGAGGCAGGGAAUGAUGAUGAAGAAAUGUGAUGUAAUGAGUGAUGGGUGUUGUAUAUCCCUACUAUAUGUAUAAUGUUAUGGGUGUAGUAUUUAUGGGCCUUGAGUUUGCAUUCGAUGGAUGCUCGCAUUAUUAUGAGUUGAUGAUCUGGAAAGCACAUCCUAUAUAGUGUUUAGUCAUGGUGCAUUUUACUGAAGACAUAUCUGUUUGAAAUUGAUUGGAGACAUUGUUGCUGAAGGUAUAGUUCCUACCAUGGUUUUUAUCUGGCUGCCCUGAUAUUUGAAUUAGUAUAUUAUGUCACAGUUGGGUUUGCUUUCGUGGUGUCUGUGUUCUGAAUCACAGUUGUACAUUAAGAUUAAAGUUUUUGAUUAGUUAUUUUUAUUUACUUGAA